AUGGUAAUUCAGUCAUGGCACAAGCACUUUCAGGGUUUAUUGAAUACUGAUGUGCAGAAGGAUGUCAUAUGGAUUGCAAUGGAGGUCAUGGAAAAGGGAAGGCUUGGUGAUCUCGAAAAAGUUUUCUUUAUAGCAUGGGGCAUGUGGUAUAGGACAAACCAGCAGAUUUUUGAACACAAAACUAUACAACCUAAUAUGGCUAUUGAUAAAACUUUAUCUAUUGCAACCGAAUAUAAAGAGGUCAGAGAUGUGAGGCACCCGAGGAAAACACAAUGCUCUUGUGCUUUGAAGCUUAAUGUGGAUGGGGCAAUUUUUGAAGAUCAGGAAAAAGUAGGUGUAGCAAUGCUGUUGAGGAAUGAUAGAGGAUUGGUCUUGUUUUCUGCAAGCAAAAUGGAAAAUGGUGUGAUAAUUGAUCCUAUGGAGGUGGAGUUGUUAGCAAUACUGAGAGGUCUACAACUUUGCAUUCGAAUGGGCAUUCUAGAGUUGGUUAUUGAAAGUGAUUCUUUAAUGCUAGUAGAGGAAUUAAACAAUACUUCGGAGUCAAGGUUAGCUAGGGGCAAUUUAGUUCAUGAAGUGAAAAAGUUGAUAAAGAGAAUACCAAGAUAUUCAGUUCAACAUAAGGGGCGCAUGGCAAAUGAAGCAGCUCACAACUUAGCAAGAUAUGCUAAGCAUCUAGAAGAUUUGAUAGUUUGGUAG